AUGAAUCAAUAUUCACAGGUGUUAGUUGACGAGCAAAUGAUCCCGCAGAAGGCAAUCCUCGCGAUCUGCAACAGGAGCUCGAAGAGGCCUUGGAGACACGCUUCGGGGGAAGAGACCAAGCGACGAAGGGCAGAUCUCGCCGAAAUGGGAAAGACGGUUCGGGAUACCGCGGCCGCAGCUUCAUUUCGCGAUAUGGAGAAGAUGAUCAAGCACCUGGAUGGUCGGCUAGCUGUUUUCCAGGAAGGCUAG